AAGAAGCCAUACCGGGAAAAUUGCAAGAAAUAACAACAACAAUGGGAAAAUAAAAUCACAGUCUUCUUAAUUCUUAUGUUCUUCAAAGUUGAAAUUGAAAAAGCUCUCUCUCUUUCCAUCGGAUUGCAUUGCAGUUAAAUUUCGCAGAAGGAUCCUCUCCCGUUCUCUCUCUGUCUCUCUCUUACUCGCCCCAAAUCUAAGGGCUUUCACCCAAACAGAGAAGACCAUUGCAUCGACCCUUCAAAAUCCCCAAUUCCCAGAACUCCGGUCAACUCGAUUCCCAUGAGAUUUGGUUAAUUGGAUCGUAGUAUGGCGGCGCCGAGGAAUGUGACGGCGACGAGGGAUGAAGAGAAGGGCGAGGAUGACGAUUCACCCUCCGCCAAGAAGCCCAAAUUGGAGAGGUUCCCGCUCAACACGUGGGAAUUUGCCGCUGCCGUUGCCGUCUUCUUCGUGUUCUCCACGGGCCUCUUCUGCAUUUACCUCACCAUGCCCCCCGCCGCUUACACCAGCCUUAAAAUCCCCCGCACGCUCUCCGAUCUUCGUCUCCUCAAGGAAGAUCUUUCGACUUAUGCGAGCAACUAUCCGGCGCAGUUUAUUCUUGGCUAUUGCUCCACCUACAUCUUCAUGCAGACUUUCAUGAUUCCUGGGACAAUCUUCAUGUCCCUUUUAGCUGGGGCGCUUUUUGGAGUUGUACGAGGAAUAUUAUUGGUUGUUUUCAAUGCCACUGCCGGUGCAUCUUCCUGUUUCUUUUUGUCUAAGUUAAUUGGCAGGCCUUUGGUUACUUGGUUGUGGCCUGAGAAGCUAAGGUUCUUCCAAGCUGAGAUUGCAAAGCGUAGGGAUAAGCUGCUGAAUUACAUGCUUUUUCUGAGGAUAACCCCGACAUUGCCAAAUCUGUUCAUCAAUUUGGCCUCUCCCAUCGUUGAUGUUCCGUUUCAUGUAUUCUUUUUGGCUACUUUGGUUGGUCUUGUUCCGGCAGCAUAUAUUACUGUCAGAGCUGGCCUUGCUCUUGGGGAUCUAAAGUCAAUUAAGGAUCUAUAUGAUUUUAAGACAUUAUCGGUACUUUUCCUCAUUGGUUUUGUUUCCAUAGUUCCAACACUUCUGAAGAGAAAGAGAGUAUACGAAUGAAGUUGUGCGAGCCUAGCUUGCGUUAUACAUUUUGUCAAAAGAUAAGUUACGUUAUCAGAGAAGAUAGUAUUGAAGAAAGAUAUCAAUGAGAAAGGGUGUAUUGUUAUUAACUUAAACAGUAGCAUGUGCUCCAUAUUAUUUUCUGUGGUGGAGCCUAAGUUUUUUAUGUUUCCCUUUUUAUUUUUUGGUUGUGUGGAGGAGAGAGCAAGGGUAAACAUAGCUGAGUGAGUGGUGUACAAUCGAUUGAGCUACGGUUACGAGGCUUUGUUGGAGCGUUAAAUUACACAUACUGACAUUAACGGCAUCAAGAAGGUUGUGGUGUUUGUUUAGCGAUGCAGUAUGCAUACUUGCUUCGCACCAUAUAGGAUCUGACUUUUAUCCGUUAGUGUUGCUUUUUCAAUUUGUAGAGAAUUUUAACCGUUACUCUUCCUGUCGUUAGAGUCACCUGGUAUUCUUAUCCAAUUUGAUGCUCUAUCUCCAACAGGAAGUCAUCUCAAUGUUGCGUAUAAACUUAGGACGAAACGGACUGAUGUUUGUAUAAUAUCAGCCACAUACUGCAAUCUGCACUUAAAGAAUUGGUGUUUAGUUCCA